AAGAAAAAGAAUGAAGCUUUUUCGAGCGUCCAGUCUCACAAAGAGAAGACCUCGACACGAGUUCAUCAUCCACGACUCCCUGACCGCUGUUCCGUUCCUCCUCUCGAAAAGUUGACCUCUGUUUCAACCCAGUCAAUCUCUUCUCUCUUUCGCUCAGUCGGAUCUCUGCAACAAAUUCAAAAACUUUUUCUCUUAAGAUCCACAAUCAGGAUCCCCAAAUCAAUCAGGAAGUUGGAGAGCUUGAGUAUGUUGAAUCUUGUCUCCACUGAGGUUAAUGAGCUCUCGGAGGUUCCUUUGCUGUCGUUUUCUGCUGUCGUCAUCUCGUCAUCUGUUUCGGAACAACGAACUCAGCAGUGGCUAGUUGCUGACUUGGCUCAAGCUUCACCAACAUGUCGACACAAAAAGAAACAGCUUCAGAGACUCUGGUUUUUGUUGGCCAAAUUGCUUAACGGAAGAUACGUUUUGCUGAUUACAAUUCGCCCUCACAAUGUUGCUUCAUUCACGAGUUGUGGAAGCUCCACUCUUUUUGGUACACGAGCAGUGGUCAUGAGUAGGGUGUUUAUUGGAAUCAUACAAGAGCUCGAGCCGGAGAUGAGAGAGCUCGAGCCGGAGAUGAGAUCCAAGAUCCAAGAGAAUGGGUUUGUUCUGAUGGAGAUGGUUUACUGA